UCUUGGCUAAAGACUAAUUGAUUGACAUUGACAAUUUAAAACUGCUGGAAAAAGAAUUUCUAUUUUGGUUGCUAUUUCACGAUAACAUAUACCAAAUAAAAAUGGAAGCACUUCCAAUGGAGUCGAACCCCGACACUAUGAACAAGUACCUACAAAAGCUAGGGGUGCCCGAUAACUGGCGGAUGGUGGACGUCAUAGGACUGGAAGAAGAGGCCCUGGGGUGGGUGCCGCGACCUGUGCUCGCCGUCGUCCUGCUGUUCCCGCUCUCCGAUGCUUACGAAGUGCACCGCACCAUAGAGGAAUCCGAACUGAAAACAUCGCAGGAGGAGCUCCCUAAAAACGUCUUCCACCUUAAACAAGUCCUAAGCAACGUGUGCGGCACGAUUGCCCUCGUACACAGCAUCGCCAACAACGACAAUAAAAUACAACUCGUUGACGGACUCCUGAAGAGUUACAUCGACGAAGCCAAAGGCCUCAACUCCGCGGCCAAAGGUGAGCUGCUAGAGAGAUCCACCGCCAUCCUUGAGGCGUACAAAGAUUUAGUUCGUAGCACUAGCCACGAAACUGAGCAGACCGAAGAACCUGUUAACUACCACUUCGUCACCUUCAUUCAUAAGGACGGCCACUUGUACGAGCUGGACGGGCGUAAAGAUCGACCCAUCGACCACGGCCCCACCACUGCCGAAGGGCUCUUAGAGGAUGCCGCUAAGGUUUGCCGUGAAUUUAUCAAAAGAGAACCUGACAACAUCGGCUUCAAUGUUGUGGCUCUAGUACCAGCCCAGUAAUAUUUUAAUAGCACUUGUUUGUCAGUUAAACUACCUAC